AAUAUAGUUUUACCCAUCAGAUGUGGCGGCACAGUGGGAGCCAUUCUGACAUGUCCACUGGAAGUUGUAAAAACACGGCUACAGUCAUCUUCUGUGACACUCUACAUCUCUGAAGUUCAGCUGAACACCAUGGCUGGGGCCAGCGUCAACCGCAUCGUGUCUCCUGGACCCCUCCAUUGCCUAAAGGUGAUCUUGGAAAAAGAAGGGCCUCGCUCCUUGUUCAGAGGACUAGGCCCUAAUUUAGUGGGGGUGGCCCCUUCCAGAGCAAUAUACUUUGCUGCUUAUUCAAACUCCAAGGAAACGUUGAAUGGUGUGUUUGAUCCUGAUUCUACCCAGGUACACAUGAUUUCGGCUGCUGUGGCAGGUUUUACUGCAAUCACGGCAACCAACCCCAUUUGGCUUAUAAAGACUCGGUUACAGCUAGAUGCAAGGAACCGUGGGGAAAAGCGAAUGGGUGCUUUUGAAUGUGUUCGUAAAGUGUAUCGGACAGAUGGACUUAGAGGAUUUUAUAGGGGCAUGUCUGCUUCAUACGCUGGCAUAUCAGAGACUGUUAUCCAUUUUGUUAUUUAUGAAAGUAUAAAGCAAAAACUACUGGAAUGUAAAACUGCUUCUGUGAUGGAAAAUGGUGAAGAGUCGGUGAAAGAAGCAUCAGAUUUUGUGGGAAUGAUGCUAGCUGCUGCCACCUCAAAAACUUGUGCCACAACUAUAGCAUAUCCACAUGAAGUUGUAAGAACAAGACUACGUGAAGAGGGAACAAAAUACAGAUCUUUUUUUCAGACACUGUCUUUGGUUGUUCAAGAAGAAGGUUAUGGAUCUCUCUACCGUGGUCUAACAACCCACCUGGUGAGACAGAUUCCAAACACAGCCAUUAUGAUGGCCACCUAUGAAUUGGUGGUCUACCUACUCAAUGGAUAGCAGCAAAGGCUGCCACACUACAAAGAGGGAAGACCAAAAAGAUUACAGUGGACCAUGGAGUAGCAAAGCCAGCAUGGUGGACAGAAGGAAAGUAGUUGGGAACAUAUAACUGUGCCUCAGCAGCAGUGUGAUUGAGGUGGUAACCAUGUCACAUUACUUAGUCUCUCAGUAAUGUGAACAAUCCUUGGCUACCCUUGAGGAAAUGCCUUUAGAAGCACUCCUUCUCAAAAUUGCCAUUUUCUCUACCAUGUCCACAAGAUGCAGUUGUGUUUGUUGAGUAAUGGCAUUCAGAGUGUAGUGUUGUUCCAUCAGCAUUUUUUCAGUCUCUAAACAAAGCCAUCCCUAAUUAUAUACUGUACUACAACUAUCCAAAGAUAGUAUUUGACAGUCAUAAUUUCUAACUUCUGGCAUUUAAUCCCUAUAAUACUGUAGAAUAAUAAUAAUAGAUAGAUCCUGAAUAUUAUUUUCCCAUUUUCCUGAGAGGACCUGGCACAGUAUUUUAAAUUUAACUAUUUGGCAUCAAUAGUUAACUGUUAUUGACAACCAAUGAAAUUGUGUCUAAAUACCUUGUGUACUUUUAGCAUUAAGAUGUUUUGGUUUCCAUGACUAACCGGUGCUUGAUGUUGAGCAUAAUGUGGACUUUAAAUUGUUAGAAUAUCAAACUCACAGUAGUUUGGCAAAAUAAACUAGUAAAACAUUAAUUCUUGGCCAUUUCAAUGACUUGAAUGUGUCUUUAAAUCUUACCUAAUUUUAUGGUACAUGAAUGAAUGCAAAUGCCUUCUCAGUAAUUUACUUGUUAUGGACUUGAAUUAAGUAUCACUUAGUUAAAUAGAAAAUUUUACUACUUCUGAAUCUUUCUCUACUUGCUAUCACUUUAAGAAUCUAAACCUUUGAAUCAUUUCCAGAUCUGUAUAUAUUAGAUUUAUUUGUAGAGAAAAUGGUAAUUUUCAGUUUUGCCCUUAUGAGUUUUUUUAAAGCUGGUAUUAAUGUGGGACAGUAUAAACAUUAUAGAAGAGGAGCCCUCUGAUUCAGAAGGUAAUGAUCUUAAUUGACUUAGAGUUUAUAAAUGAACAGUUACUUCUGAUGGAAAUUUAUUCUGUCCUAUUUUCUCGAAUGGUCUAUCAUAGAAAGAUUCAAGUUAGUAAAAUAUGUUGACAGGAUGUAAUUUUUAAAUUUUGCUAUUAAGUAACCUGUACCUUUUAAGACUUUAAAUGUGUUCUAUAUAUGGCCCUUAUGAGGUGUCUGCUAUUAUACCAUGUCAAGGGACUUUGCCUAUGGAUGUUGCUAUACUGGUUUAUAAAACUUCUACAGUUGAACUCCAGUGUGGUCCUCAGUUCAGUCUACCUUAACUUGACAUUUUGUGCAAUGGCUUUAUCUUGAGAAUGACUCCUUGUGAAUGCACUUUGUGGCCUUGGGGGUGGGGAGGGAACAAGAGAGGAGAGAAUUUCAUGUUAACUUUUUUUGUUGUUGUUUAAAUAUUGGUCUUAGGGAGAAACAGUGUUCAUAACAUUUUUCUGGGUUUUUCUUUUGAAGGUCUAAUAAUGUGUUUAAGCAUUCUUCGUACCCUGCAGUGCCACAUUAUGGAAAAGCAGCAUGUCAUUGCAAUUUUUUUUUUUUUUUGCUGUCACCAAUGAAGCUCUCUUGAAUUCUACCUUAACUUCCUUGUAAUCAGCAGUAACUGGAUGUUUUUGAGGUGCUCAGUUGGAAUUUAAAAUAUUCCAAUCUAUUUGGAGACCAAAGGCAAAUUCAGUUUUGUUACCUUUUGUUAUUUAACAUUUUUUUUUAAAUUUUAAUUUCUGCUUUGACAUUUAUAGUGAGGAACAUACUAAGCUCUCUUCCCCACCAGAAGAAUACCCCAGAAGUUCUAACUUAAAUCUGUAGAGAAGGUCUCAUUCCAUAAUGUUUGCCUUUUCAGUGCCAUUUAUACUGCCUAAUACAGUGCCAUUUGCCUUGUGAAGAUCCAUAAAUAAUGUGUUGAAUGUAGGACACACUCCCUAGUCUUACUGAUCUCAGUGCCCCACAAAUGAAGAAUGACAUGAAAACCAGCAGCUAAGGAACAUCUCAUUUUGUUAUAGCAAAUUCAUAACAAGUGUCCUUCAAGGAUGGUAUUUUAUUUCUGUUUAUAUUUAGCAAGCAAAACUUACGUUGACCUUUCGUGCAUUAUAUCAGCUUUUAAAGUGCAUAUUAUGUGUGUACUAGAAGGAAAAGAUUUUCAAGUCUUGGGCUGCAUUUGUGCAACAACUAGAAAGGAGCAAUGAAGUCUGGUUUUUCCCCUGAGUACAUUCUGCCAUAGUUUACACUAGGACAGAUAAUUCAAAAAAGAAAACUACAUAUGAAAAUUGCUUUAAUGCAAUUAAGGUUGAUUUUUUUUUAAUCUAUUCUAAUGUUUAAAGACAAAGAUGUUCAUCAGAGCAUUGGACUUUUUUUUUUAAAAAGUUGCUUAUGUGUUGCUUUCAUCUGUUUUCUAUCAGAGAACUUUUUGGAUUUUUUUGUUGUUGUUGUUGUGUUUUGGUAGGAGAUCAUCAGCACUCCAGAUUGGUCUGUAUUUUAUUACAGAAUCUUCUCAGAAAUUGAAUUGAACUUCUUCAGGUUCAGGCAGUAGGUACUGAAAGCUUAUGCUCAUAGAGUAGCCACUCCCAGAAAGAGUUUGCUAUGUUUCGCAGUUCAAAUCUGAGACCACGGUGCCACCCCUGUGGUUGUGAGUACCAUACAAUGCUUUCAAUUCCAGGGGAAGAAUCUACCAGGAAACCUCCGUCUUGGUUCUGGUUAUGUAACUUUGUAGAACCAACCUUACUAGAAUAGGCCCAAACUGAUUAGUAAUUUCGAAACCAAAAUAGAAUAUCAUGAGGUUAUUUAAUCCAACCUUUUGUCUCAUACCUAAUGUGCACUGUGGAGUAGCAUUAUUUUAGGACCAGCAGAAUCAGGGUUGUAAUAAAUUAGUCCCUCUUCCAGAAUCCCUUGUGCCUGUUUUUGUGGUUUACAUGCUCUUCUACCCAAAUGUAGUAAUUGUAGGGACCCUUUGGGACUGAUUCAUACUAUAGGAGAAAAAGGCUGACUGUACUAAUCAUGACUUUAACAUUCCUAGGAAUAUAGUCAUUUCUGAAUGGUGUAAAUUGAAAGGAAUUUUAAUAUAUGAAGUACAGUAUGCUUUCUGUUUUUAACUCUCUAUCAUGCUCUUAUAUUUCCCGUUGAUUUUAUGCUACUCCUUUUAGGAACUGAAAAAUUCUAGUCCUACUCAGUUAUGUUAAAAAACUUUUGAAUGUGUACCCCAUUGUAUGUGAACAAUUAAAUUAUGACCUAUCUGCCACCCCUAACACGUCAACUUUUAAAGAGUUGGUAACUUUUGCCCAUUUAUGUGAGUUUUGCUCUUCUUUCAUUUAUGUACAUGGCUGUAAAUUAUGUGCAUAUAUUCUGUAUUUAUGUUAACUAGCUUUUACUUGAAUUGUUAAAAUUUUAAAAAAUUAAACUAUGCUUAUGAAA